AGCCGCAUCGCCCGAGCCCUGCCGAACGCGCGAACUCUCAAACUCCCGUUCCGCGUCAAGAGCUCGGGAGAUGGCCGCUUAUGUACCUGAACAAGGAGAAAAUUAGGUGCGGAAGCCUCGUAGCAGGAGGUCUCUCUUUGGUGGCCAGCGGUUUCUUCUUCGCCGCGAUCUUCUUGCCAUGGUGGGACGCCGGCUCCGCCAAGGAGCUCUUUAAUCUGGACAAUGCGCCACCUGCCAUCGCCACCCUCUGGGGCUUCCGGUUCCUGAACCCUCCGUCCUGGGUCACCUCGCCCCGGCCCCGAGCAGCCUCCACCUGGGCGGCCUAUUGCGAGCGCGACGCGCAGAGCUCGGUUCCGGACGAGGUGGUGGAAGAGCCUCUCGACACGUCCAAUGCGACGGGGGAUAGCACCACCAUCUUCGAGUGGUGGGCUGUGAGCUCCACCACGUCACUCAACGACACGACCACCUUCACCAGCACCUUGACCCGCACGCUGACCAUCACCUCCACCACCGCCUCGUCUUUGCUGUCGCAGGAGACGCCUUUUGACCUGGUGCCCAAGGAGGACGUCACCACCUCUCCGCCCCCGGACAAUGCGCUGCACCCGGGCACCUGCGAGCUCAUCGUCUUCAUGCCCACGCUGCUCUGCAGCGCCGCGGCGUUAGGCCCUGCGGCCGUCCUGUGCUUCCUCCUGGCACGGUCGCUGGGCUCGUUGCUGGGGCUGCUGAGCGGCGCUCUGUUGGCCGCCUCCGCCGGGGGCGGGGGCGCCGCCGCGCUCUUCCUCGCAGGGCUCCUGAGCUUCCGCGGGCUGUUGAGCGCCACCGGGCCUCAGAUGGUGGUCACGGGAACGGUCUUCGCGGCCGGCGGGGCCGUACUGGCAGUCUUCACCUCUGUGAAGGCCUUGAACCAGGAGCCCUCGCGGUUGCCCACCGUGGGCGGGGAGAUGGAGGAUUCCGACGAGGAUCCUGAGGAGGAGCGUACUCCGGAAGCGAAGACGGCCAAGGAUCAGCAGCGAAAGGCAGAGCUGAAGUUGCCGCGGCUCGAGCGCUUCAAGGUGGCCAGGGAACGGGAAGCCCGGAAGAAGCUGCCCAGCAACGGCAAGGCGGGCGCCGGGAAGCCGGAGGCCAUGAUGAAGGUGCUGAAGUGGGGCCGCGGCAAGGGCCAGGGCGGGCGCUUCGGGAAGCCAGUGCCCAAGAAGUGGCUGGAGCACGCCUUCCGGGAGAUCGACAAGUUCGAGAACGGCGUCAUCACUCUGGAGCAGUUUAUGGAGGCGGUCGCCAGGUGCGGCUACAAAACCUCGCGGGCAUCUUUCGAACGGGUCUUGGAGGAUAUGAACCAGGACCGGGCGGGGGAGCUGGACCUGCCGGAGUUUGUGCGCUUCUUUCGGCUCGUGGAGGAGGGCUUGAAGAAGGAAGCCCGGGGCAAGUCCAGGGCCAUGCUGAGCCUCUACCUUUGUAAUGUGUGCUUCUUCGCCCACGUCAUCGUCAUGUGUACCAUCCUGCUCAUCACCGUGCGCCGGGAGAGCGCUGCUGGGGAGGAGCUGAGCGCAGUUGAGCUGGCAGAGGGCCAGUUGCUGAACACCUGCUUCCAGUUGGUCUCGGUGUCGCUCUUCGGGUUCUUCGUGUCCGUGGUGGCGGUGCCUUUGCUGCGGGUCACCGUGGGCUCCAGCAUCAGCGCCUGGUGCCACCACUGGCGAGGGACGCUGCGGGAGUGGCGUGCUUGGUGGCGAGGGGAAGAGCUGGAACCGGAAGAGGAGGAGCCAGGCGAUCCCGAAAACGGGCCCGAACUCGCCGACCAACGAUCUAGAGGCCCCGGCCAUGCAGCGCCGGCCCUCCGUGGCGUCCUUGGCCUCGGAGGGCUCCGCGGCCUCGGCCCGGAACGGGCGGAGGAGCUCGCGGAUCUCGCUGCAGAGCGGCAGGAGCCGCACCUCAGUUGGCUCUACCACGUCUCAGCCUGGAUUCUUGAAGCGCCUGCUGUGGCCGAAGGCCAAGCGGCGCAAGCGCCGGGCCUCCCGAGUGGAGGACUCCGCGUACGCGGCGUCGAAGUUCGAGGAGGCGAACCUGCGGGCCAUGGCGGCGCUGGAGGAGCCGGUGUCCACCUUCAGCCCGAUGCAGGUGCGCAACCUGCACCAGCUGAAUCUGCCCACGGUGGUGCCGCCCGAGUCGCUGGCGCCAUACCUGCCCGGAGGCGUGUACUCCAGAUCCGAGUCCGAGCUGGACUCGCGGCCUCAAAGCCGAGCAUCUCGAGCGCCCCGGACAGAGUGAGGUGAGAGCUUCCAAGCCCCCAAGCCAGGUCCGGGUCAUGUUUGGUGCA